AUGUUCGAGAAUUCGCUGAUGAUCAUCAAGUCAGAUUAUUUGCAUAAACGUAGACCGGUUCUGCUAAAACUGUUAUCCAAGGAUUUUCAGAUACAGGCAAAUCGCAAGAUAAACUUCUCGCCGGAAUUGGCAGCCGAGUUCUAUGUUGACAAUGCCGACGAGGAGGGCUUCAUGCUAGAUGUCAUAGAGCUUUCCAAGGGAACUGCAGAAGCUUUUAUUCUGACGAAAGAGAAUGGCGUGGAGGAGCUUCGCAAUACGAUGAUCUGUUAUUUUACUAGCGCCUCGGAAAUGGAGCACAACGUACAUGUGACAAAGCUGCCGGACAACGUGGCGCGUGAGAUAAACUUUAUAUUUCCCAAUUAUAUACACGAGCCCACGCCCAUGUUCGAUCGCCACAAUUUCUGCAACCGUCCCAUGCUGAAGCCACUUAUAGCCGAGAUUUAUGAUAUACUGCAGAAUGCGGACUGCAGUCAAGAUAAUUGGAAAGUACGCGUGUCCGACUAUCUAAUCCGCAGCAAUCCUGCACUGCCGCAAGUGACCAACCAAUGCACCAUGCGUCCUGAGGUGGGCGUGCAGGAGCGUUCCCAGCAGACUGUCGUGUCCUAUGCCUCCCCAGCAAAGGCUGCCCAACCGGCUGAUUACAAAUCUAUGAGUUCCUCCACUGCGCAGCCAUCCUCCACUUCGCCGCACUCGUCCAUGUUGUUGACAUCCUCAUCCUGUUUGACGUGCGGCGGCUUUGAUCGUACCCAGCCCUGUUCUUCGGAGAUGGACUUUAACAAACGCGUGGAACCGAUAGAGGAUGAGCGCAUUUGCGAGGACGAGGAGAUUAUUUGGAAGGAGGUCAUUGUCUACGAAGAGAUUAUGCCCGAGGAACAGCAGCCCGAGCAUCUGUCCGAAGAGGAACUGGAGGAGGAAGGAGGCGGAAUUGAGAAGUAUGCUGGCAUGGACUCUGAUGUAGAGUCUGAUCACAGUGGCAAUGCAGCUCCAGUGGCACAUACGGAGCCCGAGUCGUCUGAAGAAGCUGCACCAGCACCAGAGACUCUAGCGCCAGAGCCUGCACCGCCAGAGCCUGCACCGCCAGAGCCUGCAGCGCCAGAGUCUGCAGCGCCAGAGUCUGCAGCGCCAGAGCCACCGGUGUCAGUGCCUGAACCACCGCCACCAGCACAGCCCGCUGAAGCCGAGACACCGGCACCAACAACACCUGCACCAGAACCAGAACCCGAACCGCAACCUGAGGCACAGCCUGAGCCAGAGGCGCAGGCAGAGCCCCCUGCAGGUGAUGAAUCAGCAGAACCUCAAGAAGAAAGACUCGGUGAGGAAGCCCCAGCCAAUUAAAAAAGCUGUUUAGUUGACAAACCCCCCACAGAACCUGUUGCUUAGACCUUGAUGUGUUUUUUUCUCGUUGCUGCUUUUACAAAUACUUGUUGUUGUUGUUGUCAAUGCGCUGCCCAUGCACUUCAUAGAUAGAAAAAAAAGUUAGCUGGCAUCGGAAAAGGGCAGCCAACACCCUCCUGCCCACUUCAGUCGCACUGCGCAUAUAAAAAAGUGCGCCAUAAAGAGCGCGGCCGAUGCACUUUUUUCACUCACGGACUGGCCUGGCACUCGGCCAAUGCAACGGCACGACAAAUCGGACCUUCGGCAGCUCAUUUCGACCAUUUGCCCGCCAGGAUUUUAGCCCAGAGUAAGCAGGAGGAGCAACAGCAGCAAAAAAAUUCCCAUUGUGCCAAUAUUUUUGUCGUUUGCAAAAAAAAGCAAAGAAACAAUAACAACAGCAACAACAAA